UUCUGGGCCGUCAGACAGAUACGAAACCCGAUGAUGUAACCUGGUGACAUCACUACCCCCUCUACUCUGGCUCUGCACUGCUCCGAGUGUGUUUACACGUUAACGGAAAGAUGGAUGUCGGACUUUGCGUCGCCUCUGUAUUUGGCGAUGUGACAUGGGAUCUCCAAUCUGAAACAGGAAGUGACAUCGUUGUCAGAUAAGACGAGCAAAUUUACCUGAACUCUUUGCAUUUCCGUCUCAUCCAUCUAUAUCUGUGGACAUUUUAUAAAUUAUUUUUGUUGCCUUAAAAAUCAUUUAAUCCGUGUAUCGUUUACGUUUGUACACCUCCUUACCUCAAGAUAUCAGCACUCUUUUUCUCCAACACUAACAAGACUUUUUAAUUAUUAUUGUUUUUUUUUUUUUUAAUCACGUGUAUAACCCAGCAAUGGAAUUUUAUUAUUUAUAAUGCCAGACACUUAUUUAUUAGUGUUUACUACAUCAUUACUUAGCGCUUUUAUUUCUUUUCGUUCAUGUACACUGAGCGGGUGAGGCCCGGAGGACGGCAUCUUUUUUAUUUUAUUUUUUUAUGUAAUUUCUCUCUGAACAGAUGUCAGUAUUUUUGCUUCAGGCAAUAAGUAAGUGCAAUCAGAGAUCAGUCUACCUGCUGACGUUGAGCUUUUUAAUCUAGACACACACACAAAAAAAAAAAAACUCGUCCACUGACUACAACUGCUGUCUGGGAUUGCUUUUCUGUCCAAACGCUACAAAAAAUGUGCAUCUGAAACUCUAAUGAGGAACAUUUUUUGUGUGACUCGCACAAGAUUUGUAACAACCUUACCACAGGCACUGACUCCUUAUUUACUACAUCUGCUGCUCCAGCCAGACUCGCUGUUAGUGAAGGCAGGUAAAUUUCUGAAGUCAUAGCAAUUAGGGAUUUAAAAGUUAAAUCUCUACAUUCUCACUGUUUUGUCUCCUGACUUAUGCUUUAACAAAAGAAAACUGACAGCACGAGCUUCUGAAAAACUGUUUACUAUAUUUAUACCUCCAAACUUUAAUUUUUCCGUCCAUGCGUUGGCUAACGAAAGUAAAUUAACCUCUGAAGCACAUUUUCUGCACGAUCUUCCAUCCAAGCGUUGGCGAACGUUAGUGCUGAUGUUGGUUCUGUGAUAUAAAAACCUGCUGAAUCCCUUGAAGAGCUUGAAAACCAAAGUGGAUUCACAGAACAAGCUUGUGAAACGCAAUAUUUACGCAAUUCUGUUUACUAUACCUACGCCUGUGGCCAUAAACUGUAUAUGUGAAGGCAGAAUCAGAGAAUGAAAUUUUCUGCAUGAUAAAAAAGACUCUGUAGCUAAUGUGAACCCUGAAACAAACAAACAAACAGGAAAAAAAGAGCUCGCUUCUGAGUCCCCGUGUUCGUGAAAUCCUGGAAAGAAAAACAGGUUCAUCAGAGACUGAGAUUCUGAAAGGAGAAGCAAAAAGUUGAAAUUUUACUCCAGAUAUAGCAGUUACAGCUAUUUUCUGGAGUGCUCUGACGAAAAUUGAUAAAAGGAGCUUCUAAAGCCAUUUUGCUUUAAGGUUAUACAAAGGUUUCUUCACCCAAAAUCCAAAAACUGGUUUUUCAUUUCAGCUUGAAAACAAGGACGGUUUCAGAGAACGAACUUUUUCAAAGUCUACUUUGGAUUUUCAGUUUCCUCUGCUCAUAUCAGCCAGUCAGCUCAAACGAUUACAAAACGGUGUUUUCUCAAGAUGGAUUGCGCAGCACCACACUGUGCAUGAUAAAGUAAUAUUUGCCGACGAGAGACGGCUGUCAGAAUGCGCUCUCCGAGUCCUCGCAGUCCGUCCCCGAACUCUUUCUUGACACAGGAUGCUCUGCUGUACGGCCAGUUCACGGACUGGGGCAUGGGCGGGAGCUCCGGGGGGAGCUCAGGAGGGAGCAGCAGCGGCGCAGACAGUGGCCUGAGCAGCCCUGCAGGCACCAUUUCAUCACCCUCAAGCCCUUCAUCGUGCACUUACUCACUCACUCUGACCCUCACUCAUAUUCACGUGCAGAGGAUUUGUCCCCGACCUGGGAAGGAAGCCCAAGUCCUGCUGCCUCUCUCUGAACUGGCGGGGUGUAACUGCCCCCGGGCACCUGCCCCGCCGCUAUUGGUGCUCUAUUGGUACCCAAUGGGAAGGCGGCGCAGGGGUGUGGCUAAACGCAGGCAAGUGCGUUCUUACCUGGCUGAAACCAGAGCGGAGGCGGAGAAAUGGAACACAGCUGUGCAGUGCCUGCUGAGAGGGAUCGAUGUCAGCGUAUACACAGAAUUCAACAAAAGCUUGUUGCCCCGCCCACGUCGCCUGCUGCUAUUGGUCAAUCCAUUCAGUGGGCGGGGGUUGGCAAUGCAGUGGUGUCAGACACACAUUUUACCGAUGAUCAGUGAAGCCAAUAUCAGCUACAACCUCAUACAGACAGAACGGCAGAAUCAUGCCCGUGAGCUGAUCAGAGAGAUUUCUCUGCAUGAGUGGGACGGCAUCGUCAUCGUCUCUGGAGAUGGACUGCUGCAUGAGGUUAUUAAUGGCCUCAUGGACAGGCCAGACUGGGAACAAGCAAUUAAAACUCCAGUGGGAAUUUUACCAUGUGGCUCUGGCAACGCGCUCGCUGGCUCCGUUAACCACUAUGCAGGAUAUGACAUGUGCCUUCGCGAACCCCUUCUCAUCAACUGCUGCUUCCUGCUUUGCCGGGGUGGAGUCCGACCCAUGGACCUGGUGUCCGUGACGACUAGCUCGUCAUCCAAUCAGAAUGGACGACCUUCAUCACCCAAGAGAUUAUUCUCUUUCCUGUCUGUAGCCUGGGGCUUUGUUUCAGACGUGGACAUUGAGAGUGAGCGUUACAGAGGGCUUGGUUCUGCUCGCUUCACGCUAGGCACACUGGUGCGUUUAGCAUCUCUGCGCUCCUAUAAGGGUCGCUUGUCCUAUUUGCCCCCCGGAGGGGCAAAUUCAACCCCGGAAGUGCCGUUGCAGACUCCACAUCGACCCCUUUCCCGCAGCAUCACUGAAGGACUUGAAGGAUACUGUAGAAUGCCAAUCCAUCGCACCUGCUCUGAUAUGGGCCUCAGCGAACAGAGGAGCCUCCAAAAGGGGGAUAGAGAGAGGGAGAGGGAAGAGAGAGACAGGGAGAGGCAGAGGAGAAGAGGGAGAGCGAGAGGGGGAGGAGUGGUGAGGGCGAGCAGUCUUGCUGAGGAUCGAGAGAGAGAGAUGGAGGCGGAGGAGAGGAUGGAGGGAACAUCUGGGUCUAGUGCAGAGUCAAAUGGAAGACUGGAGUCUAACGAGGAGGAGGAAGAAGAUGACAGUACAAGAAAUAUAACAGAAGAGGGAUAUGAUGUAGAUGAAGGAGAAGAGGUGGAGGAGAGGAUGGAGGGCACAUCUGGGUCUAGUAUGGAGUCAAGCGAAAGACAGGAGUCUGAGAGGAAUGAGAAAAUUUCUGCAAAUGAAGGAGAGGAAGAGAGAUGGAAUGGCAUGGAUGGAGCAAGGGAUUUGAGAGAAGAAUAUAGUGCAGAUGAAGGAAGAGAGGAGGAAGUGGAGGCAUAUUCAAACCCAGACCAACGGAAGGUGCUUCGUAAAAACUCCGCCCCAUCCAGCCAGAUUGCUACUGCCUUCUUUAGCCGGCCAAUCGGAGCAGAUUCCGAACAAGAAGUAGAAACGCCAGCAUAUGAGAGGGUAGAUGAAGACCUGAACGGGACUUUUUUCCAUCAUGGUGCGUUUCCAGCGGACCCUACACGAGAGCGAGCGCUGACCAUUUCCUCACCGUUUCGUCGUUCACGGUUUUCCCUCUCUAAACCCAAAACCUCAGUGGACCAGAACAAGAACCAGAAACCGAGUGUGUCUAAGCCCCGCCCUCUUUCCCUCCUCCAGCAGUCCAAUUCUAACUCCUUACCACCCAAAUUCCCUUCGCUUUCUUUGUCUCUUUCCCCAACCCCUCCUUCAUCACCAUCCAAUAUAGGCCCACAUACCUGCCUGCCAAGCUCAACCUCCUCAUCCUCCUUCCCCUUUGAACUGGUCCAACCUGCUGGGCUUCUUAAGCCCCGCCCCCCCGUUACCUCCCCUGUAGAUCCACCCCCUCAAGACAACCUCUUGCCCCCCCUUGAUCAGCCGCUGCCUACUCGAGAUUGGGUGACUAUUGAAGGCGACUUUGUUCUAGUACUUGCUAUCUACCAGUCCCAUUUGGGCGCUGAUUUGUUAGCAGCUCCGCAUGCACAAUUUGAUGAUGGACUCAUUCACCUGACAUUUGUGAGGGCCGGGAUCUCCCGGGCAACGCUUCUCCGCCUGUUCCUGGCGAUGGAAAGAGGCACCCAUCUUUCUCUAACGUCACCUUAUGUGAGCCAUGUUUCCGCUCGAGCGUUUCGGCUGCAGCCCCUUUCGCCACGGGGGACGCUAACUGUGGAUGGAGAACUUGUGCCCUAUGGACCCCUGCAGGCACAGAUCCAUCCAUCCAUGGCUCGCGUCAUUGUGGGAGACUCAGGAGUGAAGAUCACUAGAUUCUGACCUGAAACGUGGGCGGAUUAUUUUACACACUCUGCAUUGCAUAAUAACUAUGCUGUCCCCUUUUGAGAGAGAGAUAGCGAGAGAGCGACAGAGACACUGAGGAAUAAAUAUAGCCAGCAGCUGCAAUAAAAGCAAUAGCUUUUAAUGGGAUUUAUUUAAAAGGGACUACUGGAUCACCAGUGAGUUUAAUAAGGAGAUGAUAACUGGACACUAAGCUACAUGUGGAAACAAUAACAACUGGUAAAAAUAGAUGAAAAAGAAUGAGGGAAUUUCUUUACAAGUGAGCUUGAGCACUUCAGUUUCCAGUUUUCUGUUUGAGUAGAUGAUGAAGUUUUCCUGCCUUAUUACACACAAAGAGAUGGAGAUGCCUAACUUUUUAGGCACAUCCCAGGCUGCAGACACCACAUCCUGCUUUCCCCCUCUCUUUUCUCUUGAUUAUUCCCUUUUUUCCUUGCAAAUUUUUUUUGAUGGCCACAACAUCAAUUGGCCAAGUUCCUCACUUUCCCCAAGUUCUGCUUCCUCUGCAAUCAGUAUGGGGGCUUGUUCCAAUUUGCCAAACUUCACCACCUCUUUAAACUUCACCCACUUUCUCUUUUCCUGAUUCCUCUUCCUCAUCAUCUACUUCAUACAAUUUAAUGCCACUGCCCAGACUGCCAAAACUCACAUUCCUUAUUUCCCAGCUGCUCCUAGCUUCUCCAAAUUAGGGCCAUGCACCAGUCAGCCAAGCUUUGCGAUCUCAUUGUCCCUUUUAAGCCCUGUCUCCUUGUUUUACCCCAUCUUUCCUCCCUGCCCCAUUUGGGGCUGCAUCCCAAUCUACCAAGUGCCUCCUCCAUUUUUUCGUUGCAGAAGGUAUGCCGCAGCUCCACUUCCUUUCUCUGCCUUUCCUUGAUGCCUGUCUUCUUGCUGCCAAAUUUUGGACCAGGUCCUAACCUACCAAGCCCCUCCUGCACUACACCUUUUACCUUGCAGAAUUAGUUGGCCCUUUUAAGCUCUGCCACAGCCACACCCUAUUUAGGGAUGGGUAAUCACCAAUCCCAUUUGGCAGCAAUUUGUAUGCCACACAGAAUCCUUCAACUGACAUUUGCAAGGGCAGAAAUGUUCCAGUUGGUAAUCUUCCAACUUCUCCACGUGAUACUUUAAGAUCGCAACCUUAGUUAAGAUCCGUCUAAGCCUUUUAGUAAUUUUCAUUAACAAGGACCAUAGAUAAAUGUGCAUAAUAAAUGACAUCUUAGGUAGCCUAUGAUCAAGCAUAGUCUGGGGUUUUAGGUGAGUGUAGCUCACUAACAGGCAUGUGCCAAUAAUCAGUCGUACGGUCUAUCACGAUAUAUUGUAAAAUGCACCCUGUUAGCAAGGACACUUGGCUCUUAUAUAGGGCACUACAUUAUUUAAUCAUUAUUUAAUUUAAUAGGGAGCUAUAAAGUGUAUGUAAUUCAACAGGCAGCAUAAUGACAGCGGUCUUAUAAAGGCCCUUAUUUUGGACAAAUUUGAAAGUGUCCUUAUCAGACAAGGCAAUCUUAUAAUUUUGCUCACUAGACGAAUAAAACAUCUGAAAAAAAUUGUUGCUUUUAGCAAUAUUUUUAAAUACUAUAUCAUGAUAAUAUCGUAACCUUUGAUAAUCAGCACAUGCCUAGUUGUUAUAGGAUACAGCCAUUUAAUGGUGUUUAUUCUGAUAUAAUUAUCUUUAAUAGUGCAUUUGCCUGAUUGUUUAAGCAAAAGCAUGCAAUGCUGAUGUUCGUGUGAGGUAAUGCAAGUUGCACAAUUGCUAAAUUUUAAUUUAAUUUUUUUUAAACAAAUUUGAAAUCUACCCAAGCAUUCAAAAUUGUGCUAAUUGUGAAACAUUUAGUCACUCAUUUAAUUUAUUCAUUUUAUUAAUGCAUUUUGCAAAGAUUUAUGCUUAUGAGAAAAUGUUUAAAUAGUUUUAAAAAGCCCUUAAUAAGAGGAAAAUGCUUACAUAGUUUUAAAGCUAAAAUACAGCUAAAAAGAUAGACUUAAUAAAAAAAUAAACACUAAACACUUUCCCAAAAAUGAACCAUUUCAAUUUAAACCAACAAGUUAAAUUUAAGACGUUAAAUGACUUUUUAUUACUCUAUUUUUCAAUAUCUGACAAAAGAAAGGGACAUUUUGAGCAAAAAAAAAUAUUAAAUUGUUUAAAUUUUGUCAACAUCUAAUGUAGACAGCUUAUGAAUUCCUACCACACGGAUUAAAGGAAUACUUAAAUGAAAAGAAAAUGUACACAAUGUUCCUCUUGUCUCAAAUUUCGUCAGUCAGCCAUUUUUGGUGUCUUUAGGGUUUAGGUUUGCGUUGGAGCUACGAGGCCAGGGUAGCUAAUAAGUAGCUGAUGGACAAUCAUCUCAUUCGUCAACACAUGCCUGGAUUUAUAUCUACUUGUUUCAAACAAUAUUAACAAGCUACGUAAUCUAAUUUCUAUGGAAAAGAUUGUGUAAAAUAUUAAGCCCUGCCUCCCAAAGUUUGUAGGUGAAAUUGUAGCAGAAAUCUGGACAAUAAAUUUCUGUUUUGAACAAAAAUUGUAGACCUCAGGCAAGAUUUAGCUACAUAAUGUCCAAUUCUUGUUAGCUACAUUUUCCUCAUAGCUUCAGUGUUAAACUAAAGACGCAAACUUGUCUUGGCUGAUUGCAUUUGGGGUGAGCGGGAAAGUUGUAUAUUUCAGGUGUGUUUGGGGUGCUAAAUCUUGGACUCCUGGAAUCCUGGACUUGUUGUUAGCGCUAGGCUGUGUUUCAUUUCAUUCGGUGGACCAUUGCUUUAGAGCAGCUUAAGACACUUCAGUAGUAAUUGAACUGCUGCUUGGUUUCAUGAUGCCAGUUAUGAUGUCUUGUUAAUAGAUGCUUGUAUUAAAAUUGUAAUUAUCACUAAUAGCCAAUGUUAAAUAAAAAAAAAUA